AUGGGAUGGGCCUCCGUCGUGCUCGCAGCAGGCGUGCUUUGCCUGGUGCUCUACGCGCUCAGGUUGAACUGGGUGCUUUCGCAUACGCCUCAGGAAGCGGCUGCUUGCGCGGGGGAGCCGUUGACAAAGGAGUAUAUCCAGGAUGCGUUUGAGAGGGUGAAGAGGGAUGGAAUCGACUGGGUGGGAAAGUUGCCGCCGAGGAAGGAUAGGCGGUAUAUCGUGGUGGGAGGCUCUGGACUGCUUGGAGGACAAAUCAUUCUGCAUCUCCUAGCCAUGGGAACCCCGCCUGAAGCUAUUCGCAUAUUGGACAUCCGCCCGCCCUUCACUUUCAGCAAAGACUUUUCCCAUGAGCCAGCGUCAAAAGUGGCCUUUGUCCAGACGGACAUUACCGACGAAGCGGCCACUCUCGCGUCAUACAAGGUGCCUUGGCCCAACGAAGCCGUGGCCGACCUGCCGCUGACCGUCUUUCACACGGCGGGCGUGAUCCGGCCGUUUGAGCGGCACGCCAUGUUCUACGAGCGGAGCGCGAGGGUCAACGUCACGGGCGCGCUGCAUUCCCUGCAGGCGGCGAAGAAGGUUGGCGCGGGCAUCUUUGUGUACACUUCGAGCUCGAACGCGGCGCUGAAGCAGGUCAAGUGGCUGUUUGCGCCGUGGGGGAGCAACCAGCGGAAGCAGCAGCAGCAGCAGCAGCAGCCUCAGGGGUUCGUGCAGCUCUUGGACAAUGCCGACUUCUUUGAGCCGCUGAGGCCGCCAAGUGGGUUUCCGACGAAUUAUGCGCGGAGCAAGGCCGAGGCCGAGAGGCUUAUUUGUUGUGCGGACGAGAGAGGUGCUGGCGCGGGGAUGCGGACGGGUGCUAUUCGGCCUGGGAAUGCAGUGUACGGGCAUGUGAGGGACAAUGUUGUCGGGAGGAUGCUUGGGCUGAAGUAUUGCCCGACGUGGGUUGCUGGGAAUGUGCAGAGCUGGUGCCAUGUGCAGAACGCUUCGCUGGCGCAUCUGCUGUACGAGGAUGCGCUGCUGGGGGAGCACGCGGAUAAGGUUGCUGGACGGCCGUAUAUCGUGACGGAUCGGGGGACGCCUGUGCGGUUCGACGAUGUCUAUCGGAUCCUUGACGUGGCGAGCACGACGGGCUUGAGGGUGAGCUAUCCGCCGCCGGUGCUGAUGCUGCUGGUUUGCUACGUGGUGGAGUGGUAUGCCUUGGUUGUGAACCUGGUGCCGGCGUUGCAGAGGUGGGUGAGCGAGCCGGGGGAGCCGUUGAGAUGGGUGCAGCCGGGGGUUUUUGCGACGGGGUUGAAUUGUCUUGUGGAUGAUGGCGAGGCGAGGAGGGGCGUGGAGGAGGGGGGGAUUGGGUAUAGGGGUGGGUGUUUGACGGUGGAGGGGAUGUGUGAUGAGGUGAGGGGGUGGAAUGAGUUGGUUGGUGAAAGGGGCCGUGAUGGGAUGAUGGGAGUUGUGUGA